AUGUCACAAUCAAGAAUAGGACACACUGUGGAAAUAUUAAGAGCAAUACAGAACUUAACACUGUCAGUGAAAUAUGAAAAACCUGCUAACUUACUCGUACCUGAGAACACAUGUGCAGAUUCAAUGGAAAGUCCUGUCCUUUGGCAAAUAGCAACUCCUAAGCACUGGAACCUAGAAGAAGUAGAAGCAACUCUUCGUGAUCCAUUAAACAAAGAUGCACAAUUUAAGAAGAAAUUUGUGAGGAAAGGUUCUUUGAUUAUGUUGACAACGAUAGCAACAAGUAUACUCAGUGAUACUGAAGCAUUUGAAGCUGCAGUCAUAUCAUUUCUUACGAAAAUGAUAGAAGACUGUGAUAUCAAUACAGAAAUACCCUGCCGACUUGACGUCACGCUUCAUAUUUUGAAUGCUAAUGAAGUAGCUAUUAGUUGUGAACUUCCGCUCGAGGAGCUACAUCAACAGGGUUCAGGAGAUAAAAAACAUAAGGCACAAACUGAGAAAUUCGAUGUAGCCUUUUUGAAUGGGGACGACGAAAAAGAAAUUGAAUGGGUACAGUACAUGUCGACAAUGUUAAAAACAAAAUAUGAUAUUAAGUCCUCUAUCCUUGCUAAAGAAUAUCUGAAUGGUUUUCCAAUAAAAAGAAGACUAGGCAUGUAUGUCAACAUGUUUCAAGCAGUCAUAUUGACCUUAACAAAGGACAAUUAUGAACAGUAUGAUUUCUAUAUAAAAGAUGAUAUGCCAGUCAUAGCUGUCGAAUUAGAUUAUCUAAAUGAAAUUCGUUUGAAUUUGAGGAAUUUUCCAUACAUCAACUGUACAACGUGCAAACAUCUUUGGUUUCCACAACUUGUAGAUACCCUGAAGAAGAAGAUUCCAGAUCAUUUAGGGGAAACAAUGGAAAACGAUCAAAAGGAAAUCAAUGAAGACUGUGAAAAAUGCGAGAACACAGUGACCACUGCAGUUUAUCACAGAGUUGAAUUCAGGAAUGAAGUAUAUAAAAAGCAGUUAACACUUUGUGGAUCAAUUAUGGACGAGACAUGGAUACUGAAUAUUCUUCAUCAGAUGACGAAUUGCACAGAGCCAUACAGGAUUGAUAGCUGGAAAAAAUCUCUUGAAACUCCAUUAGGACUUACUACACACUCAGUGUUUAUUCUAAUUUCAUCAAAUAUUCAGAAAUGUCAAUCAUUAGAAAAAUACGCUAACGCUCUUAUCGUGUCAAAGGUAAUAGAGUUAUGUGCGGUAAUGAUUGCGGACACAGAGAUACCCUUUGUCCUUCGAUUGAAAGAAGAAAGGCCAUAUUACACUCAUUUGAGAGACCAUUUUAUAGAUGCUACGAGUAUGAACCUGAAACAGAUUGCAGAUAUCAUAUUUUUAUCAGUUAAAAAUGUCUAUGUCGAUGAAAGGGAAAGCCUUAGAAAGUCACAUAUAAGUAUGAUAAAAGAGCGAUCUGGUAAACCAGAUGUAUAUGUCGAUGAAAAGAAAAGCCCUAGAAAGUCACACAGAAGUAUGAUAAAAGAGCGAUCUGGUAAACCAGAUGACUCUGUCGAUGACAUUGAGACCUUGAAAAAUUCAGAUACUAGUAUGAAAAAAGAGAAAUCUGAGCGAGCAGUUUGCUCUAUUGAAAAAAGGGAGAGCUUAAAAAAGCCAAAGCUUCAUAUGAAAAAAGUCAGAACUGAGCGAUCAGAUCCCAAAAAGUGCAUUUUACAGUGAUAUCAUACACCAAAG